GUUAAAGAAGCAUGUUAUUGUCUGAUUGGGUGUAGACUUUUUUUUGUUUUCCUAUUUUUCUAUUUUAAAUUCACCUCCUGUCUGGUUUCAAGUGACGUCACGUGUCGACACUCCCUUUUGCCCAGCAGAGGGGAAAAGAUGGCGCCCACGCACGUACUGAGAUGCUGUCAACGGGGUUUAGCAUGGAUACCUGUGAUUUUUAUCGCCCUUGUCGUCUGCUGGUCCUAUUAUGCUUAUGUGGUGGAGCUUUGUAUAUUCACCAUUCCCAGUAUAGGAGAGAAGAUUGUCUACUUGAUAUUCUUCCACCUCUCCUUCAUCAUGUUUGUUUGGUCUUACUGGAAGACCAUCUUCACCAAGCCUGCCAACCCCUCCAAAGAGUUUUGCCUGCCAAAGGCUGAGAAGGAGCGUUAUGAGAAGGAGGAAAGGCCAGAGUCCCAGCAGGAGAUCUUGGGGAGAGCUGCCACCAACCUGCCUCUGUACACCCGCACAGGUGCUGGAGCAAUCCGAUACUGCGAUCGCUGUCAAGUUAUCAAGCCGGACCGGUGUCAUCAUUGCUCUGCAUGUGACAUGUGUGUGCUGAAGAUGGACCACCACUGUCCCUGGGUGAAUAAUUGUGUCGGAUUCUCCAACUACAAGUUUUUCAUCCUUUUCCUGGCUUACUCGCUGGUGUACUGUUUGUUCAUUGCAGCCACAGUUCUGCAAUAUUUCAUAAAGUUCUGGACACUUUGCCGGAGGAAAUCGGCAGAGAACUGCCCAAAGAAUGAGCUGCCAGACACUCACGCCAAAUUCCAUGUCUUGUUUCUUUUUUUUGUGGCGGCUAUGUUCUGCAUCAGUAUUUUGUCCCUCUACAGCUACCACCUGUGGCUUGUAGGGAAGAACAGGUCCACUAUAGAGGCGUUCAGGGCUCCAGUCUUUAGGACAGGUUCAGAUAAGAAUGGCUUCUCUCUGGGUUUCCGAAAGAAUAUUGCUCAGGUCUUUGGAGACCAGAAGAAGUACUGGCUGCUGCCCAUCUUCACCAGUCAGGGUGAUGGUCUGACGUUCCCCACUCGACUGGUCAACGCUGACGUGGAGCAGGCCACUGUGACGCUGCAUCCAGAGCCCAAUAAAAGCAUGCCUGAAAUCCCUAUAAGCCCGCUCAGUGAGUCUCAGAAUCGCCUCCUAAGCAACGAGGAGCACGCCAACAAUGUUGGAGAACAUCUGGCUGAUAACCCCCUCAAAUCAGCUGAAAGUGAAACCGUCACAGUCUCCAUGGAGAGCGAGUCCUAACCAGGAGAAAUGCCUCAGUCAUCUAAUACGAUGCCUUAACCAACCCAAACAGUUUAGUUCAUCAUCAUGGCAACAGCCCCCCAGUGCAAAGAGCAUCCCCACAGACCCAUUCAGUGUAACUAUGGCAAUGCAGGCCACCAACCAUCACUGCACAGUCAUGCCUUUACAGCAGAGUUGCAUGGAGUCAUAAUCGCCUCUCCCACCUACCCUCAUAUGAAAUGUGACACAAGCUUAUGCUCAGUCACACACACAUUUUGGCAGUCUCACAUUCAGCUAGAUGCAGAUUCCCUUGUGCUGUGUUUUCUUCUCACACCUCAGAGGGUUUAUUGAUGAAGAAGCCUGGAGGGACUUGGAGCUGCUCUCUGUGUUUAAAUGGGACAACUUUUUUGUGCCAAAAGCUUCCUGGGUGCGCCAAGACUUAUUUUACAGGCAUAAAGCUGCAGUGAAGAGUCAAGAGAGGUACAAGCUGGAGCAGAGUAGUGUUUUUAUUUUUCUCUUUUAGUCUUUAGAAAGGCAGUACAUGCAGUGGAAAUGGUUAUUUACCUACCUGACUGGCUUUUGUGUGUUAUUUUUAACUAAUAAUGUUUGAUGGAUGUUUCCGCACCGAAAACCUGGAUUUGUCUUCCCAAGAACUGCACUGCUCAGUGGACUGUCCCAGUGCACGGCAGUGAAGACUACAGCUAGGUUUUGGGUGCAAGUUGGAUAUCAGAGCACAAGAUGGCACAUUUGCACUUUGUUGAUUUUCAUUGUCCAUCAAAAAAUGUGCAGCCCACCCUCCACCCCUCUUCUUUUUUUUUUUUUACAAGGCAUCCUUGUAUGACAGAUGUUUGACCAUGUAUUUGUGUGAAUGUGUAUAAGAGAGAGAAUACUUAUCAAAAUUGAAGUGGCAGUCCUUUUUUUCUGUUUUUAACAACUUAAAGGCACUAAAAGAAUCACCUUUAAGUGUCUGUGGCCUACUGAUGUUAAACCACACUGCUUAUAAGUGGACAGUUUAACCUUUGGAGAUGUGUUUCUCUCAGUGCAAUGUGCAGCAUCCUUCUCUACCUGUUCUUUUAUAGUCUUGACCGGUGAUGUCUACAGUUUUGUUUUUUGUUUUUUUCUACAGUUCAACGUUUUAAACUUUACCAGGACACUAACUCUCAUUGCCAAAUAAGGGCUGGUAUGUCAGGAGCUCUGACAUCUGAACCUGAAGUGUUUACAGCAUCCUAGCUUUAUCUUAACCUCACUGGCCAGUGUCAUCGUAACCAAACUAUUCAACAGUAACCUUGGCACAAUGUUUUAUGCAACAUUUAUCAGUCCCUUAUUAAACUUUUUCAAGUUAUGAUGUCCUUUGCAGUACUAGUGCAUGCCCUGCAGGUGGCGACAAAACUCUGCUUUCAUUCACCAUCAAGUCAAGACACAAUUUAUUUUUAGUCUAAUUUGAAGGUGCAGCUUUAACCAGAAUUUUUUUUAUGAUGCAUUGUUUUGCAUCACUUUUCUGUAACAAUUCAUCUAGAUUUCUUUUUAAAAAUCGAUUUCCUUAGAUGGCUGUAAAAGAGAUCUUCUGCAGCUUCUGCCACUUGUCGCUGUGUAAUAUGAAAUAAGCUCAGUGUUGUAAAUUGUUGAAAGCCUUAGAUUGUGUAAAACUUUUAACGGUGCAUUAUUCCGUGUCAGUGUUAUACAUCUGGUAUGUGAAUCAAAGGCAGUAAAGGUAGAAUAUUAACUGCAUUAGUAUUUUUCCUUUUAACCAAUUAAGAAUUAUUCAGAGAGAAGUUAUCUCCUUUCCCUACAAAAUUUUAUUUUAGUGCAACUUUUGGAUUCAUAUCAGAGGGUUUAGCAUCAAAUUCCUGAUGUUUAUCAUUCAUUAUGUCUUUAACUGGAUGAGACCCUGAAUAAAUAGACUGGUGAUGUACAUGUUUACAGCCAUCUUUUGCUAGAUUGAGUAGUGGUUUAAGUGUUGCUUGGCAAUCAUGCCCUCAGUCAAGCUGAAUAAGCCACAGAUAAGACAGUGAAGACAUUUGAUUGAACAGUGGGGUGUUUUAAAAACAGCCCGCUUUAUAAACUUUAGGUUUACAUCAUUCUAAGUGUGUUUUAGAAGACAAUUUACAAACCACUGAUUAGGGCAUAUGACUGUAUCAUCACACUCUGGUUGGACCUCAAAGUAGCAGAUUAAAUUACUGUUCGAGAUCAUGAUCCAAGUCAAGCUUGUGUUCUCAUGUGUAGAUUUUUUUCUUGACCUCAAAAUGAAUUGUUCAGUGAAAGUGAAGGAUUUUGCAAAGUUAUAUGUGUGUGUGUGUGUGUAUGUGUAUCCUGGCUUGUUCUAUUCGUUACAACCACUGAUUUUUAAACAUUGGACCUGUCUUGUUUUACAGUUGCCUAUAUUGUCUCUCCAGGCUGGUUGGCCUUGAGGCGAAGUGCACGUGUAUUUUGUAAUGCUUCAGUGGGCAGUUUUUGUAAUAUUGUUGUCUUGGGGAGAAAUGCUUCGUGCAGCCGUGAGAUUUUUCCACAUCUGAAGAUACACAACUGUUGGACUCUUGGCUCAAAAGCAUGAUGCCUAACUGAUGU